AAUCCUCACCAGGUUUUGAUUCACUUUGUACCGUACGGUACCGUAUCUCAAUCCUUGAGCUGGCAACAACGAGUCUUCGGGCAACGAACAACACCGAACAACCCCCUCCCACCCCCUCACAAAUGGCAAUAUGCUUGCGGAACCGAGCGCAACCCGGAACGAGCASACGAGCCACGGUAGCAGAAGCGCAGCGAACAAAACCACCACCACUGCGAUGGCUCACCGACCGGCGUUCCUCGCGGCUGCCGUUGCCCUUGCCGUGGCCGUCGCUGCUGCCCCCUCGGGGAAGAAUGCGCUCUCCUUUGCCGAGGCCUUUGCRAUCGGACCCAGCGCGGGGCAGCGACCACGAACCUCCCGCGCGGGAGCGACCGGCUCCGGAAACUCAUCGCUGUUUGCGGGAAGGAUCCCCCGRGUUCGCCGAUCCCCCGGGGUUCCAAUGGAAGUUUUGAGGAGCAACGAGAAGAACGGGGCAGUCUUUGGUGGCGGCGGCGAUGGCGCGAUCGAUAGCAGGAACAACCACGAGCCCAGCAACAGCCCUUUUGCAAUCGCCGGUCCCUUGGUUUCGGCUUUUGCGAGGACCGCAGCCGUGGCAGCAUCGGCGGUGGCCGUGGCGUUGCUCGUCGGGACCCCGGCGCAUGCAGACACCCGCAACCCCGCCGGRCCGGAAAUGCACCGGCAAAGGCUCCCGCCGGGUGGGUCCUCGGUGGUCCUGUCGUCCUCGUCGUCGAUGGCGACCUCGGGCUCGUCUCCCUACACGGGCACGCCGUACACGGGGGACCUCGUCGACCCGACCCGCGGGGAGGCGGUGGUCGAGCUGGAGUCCGGGGUGACCUACCGGGACCUGCGGAUGGGGACCGAGGGCGGUCCCUCCGUGGCGGAGGGAGACCGCGUCAACAUCCAGUGGGUCCUGAAGCGAUCCAACGGGUACACCAUCGAUGCCUCCACCAACAACGACGGUGUCCCCUUUAUUUUUGUCGUGGGGGGGAGAACCAAGCAGCAGCAGCCGCAAUCGCAAUCUCAACCACAGCGCGCCAUUGCGGGACUCGACGAGGGCAUCCGGGGGAUGGCCGUCGGUGGGAUCCGCCGCAUCGUGAUCCCGCCGUCGCUGGCCUACGUCGAGGGCCUGGACGAGAACUCGCCGGGGCCCGUCCCCGUUGGCUUUGGUCCAAAGCAGCGGAUCCGGAGRGUCAUGGAAAACCGAAUGGACGUUCCGGACGAGAGUUUUUUGCUCGACGUCAAGGUGACGAGGAUCCAGUGAGGGAGGCAUGCCAACACCAGCAAUGCCAAAUACACGAAACCAACGAAA